AUGGUUUCCGCUGGAGGAAUCGGCAGAGGUGUUCGGGAGACUAGGCUGGCCUUUUCUAUCAUUCAACCCUCUCACUGGGAGUUUUUCUGUGAGCUGCAACCCGGUAUAAGCGUUAAAGAUCUCUCAGGAGUAAUAACACCGUUGACCAAGCUUAGGAAGCAAGAGCAGACCAUCUCCACCGUCGAAGCUGGGUCUCUCGACUGGGAAGCGGCUAUUACGGCUCGCCCGUGGCAGGUUACAAUCCAGAUUGUUACGUGGGCGACACAAAGAGACCCAUUGAUUCAGGCCUUCAUGCGAGUGCCUGUCGACACACCCUCGACUCUGGAGGAAGGUCAUCUCCAGAUCAUCUCUGAAGGCUGGAAUAAAGUCAGUGGUAUUAUAAAGAAGCUGCGGAAGAAAAGCUAUUUUGAACAAGCCUAG